AUGCGAGUGCAUGUGCUAAAUAUACUCUAUGGUGAGAACUAUUCUGCAGUAAUUCAGUGCGUGGAUGAAAAAACAAAUGCCUCUGUGAAUCUGCAGGUUGUAGAGAUUGUGAAUGAGCUGGUGGCCACCCCAACAUCAGAGCGCGCCGUUGUAAUGAACAGGCUUGAGGAGAAGGUUUUGCACACGUAUAAGGACAGUCUGGUUCCAAUAAAUGGCGACAAGCUGUGCCAGUGGGAAAAGCGUACAGUGUGCUAUGACAGCAGACAUCCAGAAAACAACGGGAAGGAGGGAGCUCGGCUUAUAUUCCAUCUUCCCUAUGAGAAGGCCCGAAGUGUCAACAGCCUGGAGUACUCUGCAGAUGUUUCAAGAGAAUUUGGAAGCCCAAUAGAGGCUCUUAUCCUUCUUAAAAAGAUAAAGGGGCCUUCCUUAGUGCAAAUUGAUAAGGUUGAAAAUGGAGCUGUGCGAAUGUGUGAUAUCAACAUAGUUUCCUAUGGCAUGCCUUCUGUCCGCAUAGCCUAUCUUUACUUCCUGCAAAGGAAUCUCUUUGAGACUGUCUCUAUUUAUGUAUGCAACUCUGCAGAGGAGAAGUCUAGCACUCAGUCUGACGCAGGUGCCUAUGAUAAUGCAGAUGAGCCCCCGUGUGUGAAGAAGCAGAAGAUUGAAACUACUGAAAACAGCAUGUUUGUCUCCUGUGCGGACUCUCCUGGCUUGCAUGGAUACUGGACCUUUACUACACUAGAGAGUCCACACUCGCCGAGUGAGUUUUUGUUGGGAAAUAUAUCUAAGCUCAAUGAUGCAGAUUCUGUUAUUUCCAGGGUUAGCAGCUAUCUUAACGACAUGCAGGCAAGCGUAGUAGUUUGCUACAACGCAGACACAGAUGUUGUCAGAGAGAAGCUGACUGGCCAAACUAGCAUGCAUGAUGCUUUGUCUGCUGCACAUACCAGCAGCAGCACUGUCAGCCUUAUAUGCGAUCUUCCCCGAUACAUGGAGUCUGUGUGCCGGCUUACUGAGUAUAAUCUAGAAGAGAUGAGUAAAAGCUAUGGCCUUGUACAUGCAGAUAUUCCUGUUCUUGGCAGCGCAUCCUCCCUUUCUGAGGCAUAUGCAUCUAUCCAGAAUGGAUACCUAUCGGACAGUGCCCGCGUUCUUUUGGACAUAGCCCGAAUUUCAGCCGCAGAAAUGCACAUGAUCUUUAAAAAAGGAAGUCUGCUGCCUCUAGCAGAGAAAUUAUCCUAUAUCACAGGAGCACUUCUUAACUCGAUCUUCCAUGGGUUUAAAUCAGACAGAGUUGAGUACCUACUUCUUCACCGAAUGCGAGACAACCAGUAUCUUAUUCCUAAAAAACUGCUUGCUGGCAAAGUUGACUCAAAGGACACCUAUGAAGGAGGGUAUGUCUUUCUUGAAAAGCCUGGGAUGUACUCUGAUACAUACAUCUCUCUUUUUGACUUUAACUCUCUGUAUCCUUCGAUUAUCCAGGAGUACAAUGUGUGUUUCAGCACUUCGCAUGAUCUUUCAAUGGACAGCAAGAAUGUAUCCAGGCCGUCUCUUCUUCCUGGCGCGCUUAGAGACCUUGUGGCGCAGAGAACUGAAAUUAAAAAGCAGAUGAAGGCAGGCAAGGGGGACGUUCUUCUUCUGGAGAUUGAACAAAGGGCUGUAAAGCUAGUUGCUAACUGCAUAUAUGGGUGUCUUGGGUUUAAGGGGUUUAGGUUCUAUAAUAAAGCAAUGGCUGCGUUUAUUACUGAGUGCGGCAGAUCCAUUUUGAAAGACACAAAAACCACGCUUGAGUCAAAUGGAUAUCGCGUGAUAUACGGGGAUACAGACUCUGUUAUGGUUGACACUGGCAUAGGCACUUCUAGCGCCCCUCCGUCUAAUAAGCUCCUUGAUGAGAUUUCUGACUCAAUUAGCUGCAAGUACCGAACCAUAAAGCUUGGGUUUGAAAAGACCUUCUUGAAGCUUGUUAUGAUGGCAAAGAAGAAAUACUUUGGAGUAGUACACUCCAAUGGCGCCAAUGAGAUUGAGGAAAAAGGGCUUGAGACUGGGCGGCGAGACUGGUGUGAGAUGGCACAGGAGGGGAUUUCUGCUGUUAUCCGGGUUCUUCUGUACUCCACUGCGCCAGAAGAAGAAAUACUUUUGCUGCUAGCUAAGCUUAAAGAGAAAAUUCAAACCCACAACAAAGAAAGCUUUUUGAUCCGUAAAAAAAUACAAAAGGCGCCUGAAAGCUACAAUGCGGUCCAAGGAACUUCUCUUCAGCAGGUUUCUCUUGCGCUUCGUUUGCAGAAGGAGCGGAAUUUUACAUUCCAGGCUGGUGAUAUUAUUUCUUUUGUUAUGGCGCUGCACAAUGGGGUUUCUCGCGCAGAGCUAGUCUCAGAGUGCGGGGAAAUCCACUAUGACUAUUAUAUGAAAAUGCAGGUGUUCCCUCCUAUCCAGAGAAUGCUUGAAUAUUUCCCCUCUAUCUCUAUUGAGAGCAUCCAAAAGCUACUGGGCCUUUACGUCUCACACAGCAGGCCAGCACAGAAGUCUGAGCCUAGUGACAUGCCUGCAGAUAUCAAAGAGGCCCUUGCUGUGGUGUCUCCUUGCUGCAGCCAAAGCCAAGACAUUGGCAUGCACUGCACAGCGUGUGCUCAGCCUUUUGCGCCAAUGCACAUGAAAAAGCUGAUAAGAAGGGUUCUAUAUAAACAAAGCGCAAAGCUCCACAAAGUCAAGAAAACCUGUUUUAAGUGCAAUCAAUCUGAGGAAUACAGUCCUAUUUGCCUGCGGUGUCAUCUUCCAAUAGAGUGGGAUGCUUCUAACACAGAGCACUUCCAUGAGUUUUUAUAUAAGCUACAGAAUAUUUUUUACUGCACGCCUUAUAAAAAGUACAUCACAGACCUUCUAGCUCUCUCAAGCUAUCUAACAAUUGAUAUUAGUAAGUUCCCACUAAACAAGUUCUCCGAUAAUUUAUACAUUCCCUCAAUGGUUAAUAGAAGAGACAUAUUGGAUAGGCUAUUUUUGUAG